UAUUUCCUAUACUUUUGUAGGCGACUACACCAAUUUCAACUCCAAUAAAAACACCUUUCUAUUCUUUCUCGGUAUCAGUUACCGUUCCAAAAUGGAUGAAGCUUUUCUCGCGUUCCACCGAGUACUAUCCUUCGCCGGAAUUUCAAUUUUUGCCAAACAAAACUGGGAUUCCAACCGAUGGCUGGGAUAUCAGAUUUUCAACUUUAUUAUUGGCGUACUAUGUUUCAUUUUCACAACCGGUUUUGUCGUUACCAACGUAUCAGAUUUUCUUCUGUGUAUCCAAGGCGCUUGUAUCUGGACAACUGGCGUGAUAAUGACCAUUACUUUGGGAGUUUGUUUGGUAUUUAGAAAUGAGUUUCGGUUUUUUUUGGAGGAGAUGGCCUUUAGAGACCAUAUGUUGGAGAUGCCUUUGAUAGACCAUAUUAUGCUGGUGUCUCCUAGAGGUGCAAAGAUUGAAGAAUUAAGGAAUCUGGUUACUGGUUCUCAGGAGAAACUGUUCAAGUAUGUUACGAUACUACUGAAGUCGUAUGUUGCGAGUGUAUUCCUGUGUGCGACUCUGUAUCUAUGCAGUCCCGUGUACGGAAUGUUGGUGAGAGAAGACCAGUCUUUGCGUCUUUUGGCAUUCGACAUGUGGUUUCCAUGGAGCUUGGAAGAUUACACCGUUUAUAUAAUAUCGUUCAUAUUCCAUGCCUACGCUGGUUACCUGUGCUGUAUUGCAUAUCCAGGCCUUCAAUGCAUAAUAAUCCUUCUACUAGGCCAACUGAUCCGGCAGACAAGGAUAUUGACGUUUAUCCUGCUACACAUGAAUGAGCUGGUACUGGAAGUGACUGCCGUUCAGGAUGAGAGGUGGCAAGAUAUCUGCACCUUAGUUCUAUCGCAAUGUGUGGAUCAUUAUGUGAAAAUUAAAAGGUUCAGCAAUCGCCUCAACGUUAUCUGUCGUCCAUUCUACCUAACGUUGAUAUUAGUUGCUAUUAUGCUAGUAUGUAUGUGCUCCGUGAAAAUAGCAGUAUCGAACAAGUUGUCAUUGGAUACAUUUAAAUACUAUAUCCACGAGUUUUGUUUCAUUUUGGUGGUUCUCAUGUUCUGUUUGAUUGGACAGCAAGUUGAGAAUGAGUGCGAGGCUCUAGAGAGGGCAGUGACGGAGAAAUGGUACAUUUUCAAUCAUAACCACAAGUCCAAUAUACGGAUCUUCAAAAUGGCACUGGGACAGCGUAUGCCUAUCUAUAUAUUCGGCACUAUUACUUUGUCUUUACCGACAUUUACUUGGUUUAUUAAAACUGGAAUGUCAUUCUUCACACUAGUGAUGUCUGUGUUGGAAGAGGAGACUUAGUAGGGAGUGGGAUAAAGAGAGUUAAUAAUUUAGUUAUUUGGUAGACAUAACUAUGUAUAAUUUU